GAAAAAUUCAUCCCGGUUAUGUAUGAGCUGAAAUGGCCAAUGGACGCCGCAACCCGAGCACCCGGCACGCAAGCUGCAGCUCGACGAGAACAAAAGUCGGGAUCACGACGACAGAUACUCAUUGCUUGUGGUCGCAGGUAACCAAAUUAAUACACCCAAUCCUGGUACGUUCAUCGACACUUUGACUUGACCGCGCCGUAGGUUCUUGCUCUCUCCCACUCAGUCGAAUCGAUGCCGCUCUUCGCAUGGAUGGGCCAUAUUUGGUAUACGCUGCACGGCUCCACAAAGACUUCAUCCACCCAAGAGAGGAGCAGGCCGCGUGUAAUGCCUUAGUCAAAACCAAAGAGAGAGAACAGCGACUCCAAAUCAGGGAACCCUGGGGUAACGCUUGUCAUACAAUACUCGGAGUAGAGACUCGGGAUCUUGGACAUACAGCAGGGAAUAUCCGUGCCAUGUCCCUCAUGUCCCAACCGGGCACAUCAGGCCCUCUUCGUUCCAGCUCAAAAGCCCAAGUGCGGCUCCUCAAGGUCCACAAGCCCGAAACCGAGACCCUGAAAACUCCACAUGGACGGCAUUUGAGAUGGUGGGCAAACCUGCCAGAAGCCGUGCCUGACUCGAUGCACGUCAGGGCAAAGCCAUUGGCGAAUUCAAACCCAUUUUCCCUAGAUUGUUUCCGCAAGAUCCAAGCCGCUGAAGACAUCGGCUAUGAAGUUGCCAUAGCGCAUUGCGCAAUCCCGGUUCGGAGGUUUGUUUGCUUAAUAUGCUACCGGCGAAAAGCGUUGGGAAGAGGCGCCGGCAAGACGCUUGGCCGACCUGCUGCAAUCGAUUCCGCCGUAGCCUCGUCGGCUUCAUGUCGUUAGACGGCAAACCCGGAUUUCUCUUGUUACCCGGUUUUUUUCGUACAUUUAGCGCGAUGGGUCCUAGAUGGAAGACAACAUGUACUACUUCGUAUGUUGUAGAGAGAUAAACCAUCCUGGGCUGAUCAGCCCGCACGUGUUAGAGUGUCUUUGUCUUCAUGGACAUUGGCAUGUGGACGUGGAGAGACGCGCAUGAACCCCCUACGUGUAGGUAACCCGGAGCUCAACUGUCAAAACGGCUUGCCAGCUUGAUCCUUCUGCAGGAAUCAUGAAUGAGGCCUGCUAGGUUCUGUGAGAAUCGAAAUCAGUUGCCGUUUUGGUAGAAGGGUU